AGCGGAUGAACCGUGGGGACGAACUAAUUUAAAACACCCCAGUAUUUUCACCACUUCUGGCAAUUAUGGGAAACAAGCUGUGCUUCCCUACCGACCAAAUACCCCUCCCCUUAACUCAGACCACAGACGGGAGCAUCCGUGGAAUAAAAAAAAAUUGAUUUCUAUCAGGGAUUCACCUGGUCAGACCGGAACCCCCGAAAAGAAUAUAACGACCGAGCGCAAUACUGAAAACGACGGUAAUACUCGAGCAUUACUGUUAAGGUUUUUAGAAUUUUGUAAAGAAAAGCAAAAGCCCGAAUCUUUACGGCUCAAGACUAGUUUAAAUGAUGAAGCUCCAAUGGAUUUUCCAGCAUAUCACAAGAAAUUCUUUGGUUCACGAUGA